CUUCCGCAGCCGCCGGGCCGAGCCGGGCCAGGCCAGUGCCCCCAUCCUCCUCGUCUCCGGUGCGGGCCGGGCGCGCCGGGGCGGGCCCGCAGCGGGACGGCCCCGGGCCGACUCCGCCCCGGCCGCGCGGAGCUGGCACGGCAGGGGAAGAUGGCGGCGGCGGGCGGGGGCGGCGCCGCGGUGUCGGUGUUGGCGCCCAGCGGGCGGCGGGUCACGGUGCGGGUGGGGCCCGGCACGGUCCUGCUCCAGGUCCUCGAGGAGGUCUGCAGGAAGCAGGGUGGCAGCCCUGGCGAGUACGGCCUGAAAUUUCAGAGGAAUGUUUUGGACCUCUCUUUGCAGUGGAGAUUUGCUAGGCUGCCCAACAAUGCCAAACUGGAGAUGGUGCCAGUCUCCAACAGAGCAGUAGCUGGAACCACGGUCCGGAUAGCAUUACAACUUGAUGAUGGCUCCCGUUUGCAAGACACCUUCCUCUGCCAACAGACCUUGUGGGAACUUCUUAACCAUUUUGCAAAGAUCAGGCUGGUUGACUCCUUCUCAGUUCAGUUUCUUUUGUUACUUCAUGCUGGGCUAAAUAGGGAGUUGAUGGAACAGCAUGGUGAAUUGUCUCCAGUCUGUAUUUACAUGCGAGAUGAGAUAUCAGGAAAAGAUGCCCUGGAGAAGACAACACUGAAAUCACUUGGCCUGAUUGGAGGCAAUGCCAUUGUCAGAGUUGUCAUGAAGAAAUGCACUUCAUCUGUUGGGGAGCAAGUUGUGGGUGCCACGGUGCCUUGUAAUGAGCCAACAGUGAGGCGAGGCUCUAUGGAAGAAGCAGUGGAUGUGCCUCUACCUCAAGCAAGCACAGUUCCGAAGGACUUGGAGCACAGGGAUGUGGCUAUAUCUUUAAACAGCUGCACACACAAACAAGACUCAAUUAAAGAUUCUCAUGCUAGCUUGGAGGAGCUAUGGCAUUCCCCAGAGCCUGAGCCUACCCCAUUUGUCUCUUUCUUUGGAGAUGGAGAGUGUCUGGGGGACUCUCCUGCAGCUGUACCAUCUUCAAAGUUGCCAACAACUUUUUCCAGCCCUGCAGGCCCUUCUAAGCCAAAGAAAUCUAAGAACAGCCAAGAACUGCGAAAGGAGCAAGAACAGCUUGUAGAACGAGAGCCCCUUAUAUGUCACCUAGACCUACUAGAACAACUUCCUGAUGCCCCAGAAGAGCUCCCUGAUGAAUUUUUUGAAGUCACAGUGGAUGAUGUACGGAAACGUUUGGCACAGCUGCAGAAUGAGAGGAAACGCCUGGAAGAAGCUCCACUGAUGACAAAGUCUUUGAAGGAGUCCCAGCUGAAGGAGAAGUUGGAGCGUUACCCAAAGGUGGUGUUGAGAGUUCAUUUUCCAGACCGCCAUGUCCUACAGGGGUUCUUCCAUCCCACUGAAACUGUUGGUGUUUUGAGAGACUUUGUAAGAAGCCAUCUUGCUGAUGCAGAGUUGCCAUUUUAUUUAUUUGUUGCACCUCCCAGAAUCAUCUUGAACGAUGAAAGUCUGACGCUGUUUGAGGCUAAACUUUUUCCAACUGCUGUCAUUCAUUUUGGAUCAGAGGAGUGCAGGGCUUGUUACCUGAAAUCGGACCUGCUGAGCUCUGCAGUUUCUCCUUCUGCAGCUGAUUUAUUAGUAACCAGAUCAUUAGUUUCUUCUGCUUCAUCAACUUUAGCAUCAGUGGCUCCAUCUGAACCAGAAGUGAGAAGUGACAAAAAGACCAUUGAGCAGCCAGAAGCAGCCAGCACUCAGGGAGCUCUGCAAGUAUUUAGAAAGGCCCCUGGGAAAAUACCCAAAUGGCUGAAGCUUCCAGGUGGAAAGAGAUGAAGGAUCCUGGGCUGCUGGAUCACUGCGCAGCUGUCAGCUGUGCCCUUUUCUCCACAAACUUACUAAGAAUGUGUAAAAUGUGUUGGUGGGCCUGGAGAGAUCUAAUCUGUAUGAACAUUAGUUAUGGAAAGAGAAUGGCUAUUUGAGAUACCAGUUGGACCUGCUGAAGGAAUGGAGAGCCUGUUUGUGGUCUUUGUGACUACAGAAGCAAGGUUAGAGGCCAAAUUUAAGGUUUCUUGCAUGCAAAUAAUAAGAAUAGAGAAUUAAGGGGGGCAUGAUUCCUGUAUACUUUCUGCAAACGACUUUGUUUUUAUCCGUAUUUUUAAAUUCAUAUCUUCUCAGUUCCACCCUCAGAGAUCACUUGAGUCUAUCUGCCUGUAUUCUAGCAGCAAGAUACAAUCUGGUUCAGCUUUACCUAUAAUUGUUAAGUGGUGCCUAGAACAAGACUUCUCUUUGCCUCUUAGUGAUUAGGGUUAGUGCUGCUGAUAAGUCUGGACAUAGAUAGCUGGAAAAUGAAUGAAGAGGAAGUACUUAAAUUACUUAAACAAGUUCAGGUCAAUGAACUUUCCUGUGAAGCACUCAGGCUGCUGCACUCGUAUUGUGUUCAGUUGCCAGAAUCUUGCUGACAAGCAACACAGGUGUCUGUUCAUGGAAUGCCUGUUGAGCUUGUUUCUGCCUUAAGCUCUAGUUUUAUUUUCACUGUGUAUAAUUACCAUCAGUAAUUAGUUACAGCAAGGAAAAAACCAUUCAGUUAAAGGGUCUUUUCAAAUGACAGUUGAUUGGUGGCCUGAGUAUUCCCAGGGUAGCUGUGCUCUGCACCACAGUCAGUAUACAGGGAAAAGGCCCAGUCCAGAUUUUCAUCUCCUGCAGACAUCUUGGGGCAGGGAUGAAUAUUGAUUAGAAUUGCCCUUACAGUGGAGAUGAACUUUGUAGUGCCAUGGCAGUCAUGUGCUGGGUUUUAUUUGAAGUCUUCUCCAUGGAUCACUGAUCCAUGAAGAGCUGGGGUUUUAUGGUACAGUAAUACCAUGUUUUCCAUUUUCCUUGUUUCCUCCCUGCUCUACGUGUGCAUCUGCACAAUUUGUAGAUGUAAUAAAGCAGAGUGGCCAGGGGGGCCCCUUUGGUCGGUCCCUUUGAUAAGCUUCUUGCCCUGGCACUUGGUGUGUCUGUCAGUUCACAGGAAACUGCUCUCUUUUCAAUAGGCCUGUCAUGCCUUGUUCCCUUGCUCCCAUUUUUUUCAACAAAGCCAAACGAGCUUUGUACCAUCUGAAUGAAUUUCAGAGUGGCUAGAAAGGGCACCCUGGGUUCCUGGCACUUGUCAUUGUCUCCCUGGCUGGCCAACAUUUCCCUUCAGGUCUAAUUACUUCCAAAUGUUCACAGAUGCUUUGAAGAAACUUGGAGGGAGGGGGAGGAAUGAAAGAAAGGUGGAAAAGGAAGGAGAUUCAAAGCAGAAGGAGUGCAGAAUGCUUUAGCAAAAAGGGUGAUUGAUUUCUUAUAUGACACCCAAAUGUAAACAGGGAACCUGUGUGGCCCCUGGCAGUGGGAAUGUGAGAGCACUGUGCACAGCUCCUGUACUAAAUCCUCCCUGUGGAAAGUAAGCCCUUCUGCCACUUGAUAGGCUAUAAAAGACAUAACACAGCAAACCAAAGAACCAGUCAAAUAAUGUUUAGUUUAUUACUGUUUAGUGGAUCAAGUGUGGGCUGAGCCUACGCUACAUAGGACUGUUGGUAUCUUGGUUCAGGGUCUGUGUCAGGCUCAUUCAUGGUACACAAAUCAGAGGUAGACAGUAGCUAGAGCUGCCUUGCUGAAUUUAUACAGGAUAUACUGCAGGGAAACCAGGACCUAUUGCUAAUGAUAGGUGGUGAACUACUUGUGCUGGUGUUUUGGUUUCCAGGAUUAGAAUAUGCAGAAGCAGUGUGGUUGGGAGGAAGUUGCAGUAUGCCUUCAGAUGUAUCAGUCCUUAGUUUUUGAAGAGCACAGGUGAAAUCAGGUGACAUGAGGACAAUCUGCAUAACUGUUUUAAUUAUGUGAGUUUUUGUAAAGGGUUAGCACCAUAAGUAUCCCCUGCAAGUACUUGACAUGGGAAAACAAGUUUAGGGACAGAAGCAGCAAUAUGAGUAUUUCUGGGCCAGUUUCAUGCAUUUAAGUGUAGGGGCUUUACAUUUCUGACUGUAUUCCCUCAGGCAGUCCUGCCUAUGCUUAUCCCUUGUGUAACAUAGCUGUGCAUCAAACCCAGUUUAACCAAAAGAAUGAAAAAUUGCUACCUUCAAUAGCUAGACAACAGGUCUUAUUCCCCUUCCCUAUACAGUUACUUCUAGCUACUGCUGCUGCCAUUCAAUUGCUGCUUUACUGUGGAUGUCCACAUGAGCAGUUCUCUUCUGUGUGUCAGGGAAGGGAACUUGAGCCUUUUUAGGGCAGCAACUUUGAGACUGCUGUUUCAGUAGGAGUCAGAGUGGAGGCAGAGAUGACGAUCUGAAAUCUGGAAAAGGCAAGGAAGUAGGAGUGAAUUCUUUAAGGGGGAGAGGACACCCCCACAUUUAAAAUGGUGGGCUCUUUACUAAGGUACUUGCUAUAAGGAUUCCUGCUUUUCCAAAGAACAGCACCUGCACGUACCUGAUGAACUGGUUUUGUUUCAUUAUUACUUCUGCUAUAGUAGCUGAACUCAUCCCUGGGGUUUUAGGGCAUUCAGAGGUAAUAUCACUUGCUUUUUGAUUUUGCUAUUGCCUUUUUUUUUUUCCCAAUGGUUGUGGGGCUGAAGGCUGAACUAGGUCAGUUCCUUCAUUGCAUGUGUUGUACAGCUGAACAGUUGUCUCAGCUGAGAAGCUGCAGUGCUGAGGCCUGGGGACUGCUUAAGCUGGUACUGUCCCCAGAAUGUGUACUAAAAGUGCAGUUUUUCUGAGGUUUCCAAGUGGUUGUUGUCUUGAGGGAUGACCCCAAUAGAAAAGGAGAGCUCACUGUUGCUGAUACUGCAGCGAGCCAGCAGCAGGAGCAGCCCCGGAGCACGCCACCGUCAGCUGCGCUCCGUGCACGCAGCCGUGCAUGUCCCAGCAAAGCCCGCUGGGUUGUGUGGCUCCUGCCCACAUGUGUAAGGUUUCUUAUUUCACAGUGGCCCCCCCGCUGCCAGAGGGGCCAGGCUGUCCCAUGAUGUGGGAUUCUCACACAUGCAGUUUGUUAUUUUGUCCUUUUUUCUGUUGGUCCUACAAAGAUUUAGGGAAGAGGGUGGGUGAGGGGGAAGCUGCAAGUCUUUGAAGCAACUUGACUUUUGAUGAAUUGCAGCAAAGAGCCUACACAAGGAAGGGAGACUUGUUUUCAGCUUACUGAUGUUUCUUUGUGAGAACAAAUUUAUAGCAGAGGGGAAGCAGCCUCUGAGGAGAAUAUUGAAUGGUUAAAAGGUUUCAAGCAUUCUUUGAUGUCACAGCCCUGGAGAAAUACUGGAAGGUAGUGAAGGACAGACACUGUUUAUUUAUAAAAUAAAGAUCAGUUACCUGCUCUUGGCAAGA